AUGUGUGUCAACUGUAUCCGUAACGAAGUCGACAUCACCGAAGGCAUUCCCAAGCAAGCGACCAUUCACUAUUGCCGCAACUGCGAACGUUACCUUCAACCACCUGGCAUUUGGGUUGUGGCGCAGUUGGAAUCCCGUGAAUUGCUUACGCUUUGUUUGAAAAAGCUGAAAGGCUUGAAUAAAGUACGACUUGUCGAUGCCGGCUUUAUUUGGACUGAACCUCACAGCAAGCGUAUCAAAGUGAAACUGACGAUCCAGAAAGAGGUGUUUGCCAGUACCAUUUUGCAGCAGAUCUUUGAAGUGGAAUACAUCGUGUCCCAUCAGCAGUGUGAGGAAUGUACUCGUUUGGCUGCUCAAAAUACUUGGAAGGCCGUAGUGCAAGUGCGUCAAAAGGUCGAACACAAGCGUACUUUCUUGUACCUCGAACAGUUGAUUUUGAAGCACAAUGCCCACAAAGAUACCACCAAUAUCAAGGAAACCAAGGAUGGUAUUGAUUUCUACUAUGGACAACGAGCACACGCCAUUAAAAUGGUGGAAUUCCUCAACGCUGUGGUCCCCAUCAAGUACAAGACCAGUGAACAGCUGAUCUCAAUGGAUAUUCAUACAAGCACCAGUAAUUAUAAAUUCACAUAUUCAGUCGAAAUUGUUCCUAUCUGUAGAGAUGAUUUAGUGUGCAUACCCAAGAAAUUAGCCAACAGCAUGGGCAGUUUAAGCCAGUUGUUGCUCUGUACCCGUGUCAGCAACAGCAUUCAGCUCAUGGAUGUGAAUACAAUGAUUCACGGCGAACUACCUUCAUCGGUGUACUGGCGUAACCCCUUCCCUUCGCUGGCGAGCGUCAAGACUAUGAUUGAAUAUACGGUGUUGGAUGUCGAAUUGUUGGGUCCUACCAAAGGAAAGUUGGCUUUGGCCGAUGUCCAUGUGGCUCGCUCUUCGGACUUUGGACGCAACGACGAUAUUUCGAUUGUUCGAUCGCACCUGGGUGCCAUUCUCAAUCCUGGUGACACAGUGCUUGGUUACGAUUUGGCACGAAGUAACUACAACAAUGACGAGUUUGAUAAGAUGAACCGUCACGAUUUACCGGAUGUGAUUCUUGUACGCAAAUCAUAUCCUGCUCGUCGUAAGAAGAACAAAGCUCGUAACUGGAAGUUGGCUCAGCUUGGUAAAGAAGUCGAUGAAAUGCUGCCUCGCAAACAAGAGCAAGCUCGUAUCGAAAACGAUAUGGAAAUGUUUAUGCGCGAUAUCGAAGAAGAUCCCGAAUUCCGAUCCACUAUCAACAUCUUCAAGAGUCAGAAUCCUACUGCCGCGACCGAGCACAGCAUGGCCACGGAUACCGAUGUCGAAGAAGAAGAAGACUUCCCAGAAAUCUCUCUUGAGGAGAUGCUGGAUGAGAUGCAACUCAAUACGGAAGGCCCUGAUGAGGAUGAAGACGAAGAAAUGAUGAUGUAA